AUGUAUAACCUAAAAUUACAUGUAAGCCUAAAUCACAAAGAACAAAACAAAGUUGAAAAGAAAGUUGAUACUGGCAUUAUAUAUCAUGUAAAAACGAUCCAAGUAUUAUGUAAAAACGAUAUGAAAAAAAAACCUGUCGAAAGCCCCAAAAAAUUCGCUUGUCCAUACUGUCCAGCUGUUAUGAAGCGAAGAUACAACUUACAAAAGCAUAUUUUCUUUGUACAUGAAAACAAACAAGAUAAAGCCAAGAAAAAGAUGGAAGUUUUAAAUUGCGGUGAAAAAUAUGAUUCUUGCCCCUACUGCCACAAGUUGAAAUGUCAUCUUGAAAACCACGUUUAUAAAAUGCACAAGGAACAAAACGAAAAAGAAAGGAAAGUAACAAUUAAGAUUAAUUAUUGCGAUAACUGUGAUUACAGUAAUCCAGACCAGACGGAAUUUCAACGGCACGUUAAGAAGUGUAAGAAGCCAUUGCCAUUAUGGCAAUGUCCGGAUUGUUCUUACAGAACUAACUCCAAGGAAAAACUUAAGCUACACGUUAAACUAAAUAGUAACAUUCAACUAACCUGUUCUUAUUGUCCCUUCACCUCAAAAUGUCGCCCCUCAUUUUGGAAACAUACGAAAAAACACAGUAAAUUCGAGGUGUGUCCUUACUGUGAACAUUCCACAUCCGACAAACACAACUUGCAGAGGCAUGUUUACAAUAACCACAAGCACCAAAACGAUGUCGAGAAUAAAGUUGAGAUUACCGACAGUGUUUUCAAGUGUACAUUUUGUGGUUACAGCACUAUGGACAAGUCUGGGUUUAGUGUACAUAUAUAUAAGGGGGCGUCUGCAUUUAUAUGCUGUGUGUUUGCCUUUGUGGUCUCUUCUGCAAUAGCACAAGUGCUGGCCAAAGAGGCAAGAGGCCUCCCUAGUUGUAAUAGUGAACUAGGGAUCUUUUCCUACUGGAAUACUAUAAAUGACCCCUUUGUUAACGUGAAUACCAAGAAUGAACUUUUCAACAUUAAAAUGAAAUAUCGUCAUGACGAUAUAUAUAUGUGCACACAACAAGACAAUCCUAUCUGUCCCUAUUGUGAUUUUCAAGUCCCUGAUAUGUAUAACCUUAAACUACACAUAAGCGUGAAUCAUAAAGCGAAAAAGAAAGUUGAUACUGGCAUUAAAUAUCACGUGAAAACAAUACAAGUAUUGCGCAAAAAUGAUAACAAAACGCUAAAAACUGACGAAAGCCCCAAGAAAGAAGGCAGUUGUCCAUACUGCCCAGUAAUUAUGAGGCAAAAGUUUUGCUUACAAAGGCAUGUAUAUUACAAACAUAGAGAAUUAAAUAAAGCCGAAAAAAAGUUUGAAUUUUCCAGUUCUUACUUGCAAAAUGUUUCAAACGAUGAAAAAUAUGAGUCUUGCCCCUACUGCAACAAGUUAAAAUGUCAUCUUCAAGAACACGUUUAUAAAAUGCCCAAGAAACAAAAUGAUGAAUAUGAGUCUUGCCCCUACUGCAACAAGUUAAAAUUUCAUCUUCAAGAACACGUUUAUAAAAUGCACAAGAAACAAAAUGAAAAGGAGAAAAAAGUCAAGAUUACGAUCAAAAUUAAUUAUUGCGAUAAUUGUGAUUACAGUCAUCCAGACCUUGCCGAAUUUCAGCAACAUGCUAAAAAAUGCAAGGAUUUGACAUUAUUUCGGUGUCCUGAUUGCUCAUACAGUACCAACUCCAUGGAACAACUAAAUUUACACGUUAAAUUCGUCACCUGUUCUUUCUGCCCCUUUACCUUUAAAUGUCACAGGUCAUUUUGGAGUCAUACUCAAAAACAUAAGAAAUUUGAGGUGAACAAAGGGCAUUUAUUGCUUUACUGUCCGGAUUGUACUUUCAGUACCAACUCAAAAGAACAACUUAAUUUACAUAUUAAUUACAUUACCUGUUCUUUUUGUCCCUUCACCUCUAAAUGUCGCCCUUCCUUUUUGAAUCAUAAGAGAAUACACAGUAAAUAUGCUUGUCCUUACUGUGGACAUUCGACCUCUAAUAAUCACAACUUGCAGAGCCAUGUUUACAACCAUCACAAACAACAAAACAAUGUUGAAAAUAAGGUUAAGAUUACCGGCAACGUUUUUAAGUGUAAAUUUUGUGCUUACAGUACUAUGGGUAAGACUGGGUUUAAAAGUCACAAGGAGGUGUGUAAAGAAAAACAUAGUGGUUUACUCUCAAAUCUAAUAAACAUAAGUUAG